ACCACCAUCUCCCCAACGAUGAGCUCGCUCAGACACCACAGGGUUAUCAUCGCGUCCCUCUUCCUCCCCAACACCGCCGUCCUCGGCGACUCCGCGCCCUCCUCGCCCGAUGAGCCCGGCCUCCAGACUCCGGGCUUCGCGCCCCAGACGCCGUCCGUACGGCCUCCUCUCGCCCCUCGGGCGACAGGUCCGCUCAAGAGCAUCGUCGAAGAUCUCAAAGACAAGACUCGGAACCCCACCCCUUCGAUCACGCCGCGAGUCGAGAGCGCGAACCCGUUUUCGAGCUUUCCAGGCCUCACACUUCCGUCUGGUAGCAGCCUCACGAGCGCCGCGUCGGCAGCGGCGGAUUCCCUCAUCGACGCCCUCUCCAACAAGCUUGCAGGAGGCGCCCCCAAGACCCCCGGAGUCAGUGGAGUCAGCACUCCCGCGCCCCACAUCGCCCGGCAAUACCAGACUACGCACCACGGCAGCAACGCUGGUCAAUCUCGUGUACAGCGCCGCCAGUCCCGCUCGACAGCUCAGCGCAACUCGUCUCGUUCGCUUUCCUCCUCUCGAAUGGACCCGAGCUUGAACAGCCACAAGUUCCACUUUGAGAGCAACCCUCACUGCAAUGGAGGACUCAAGAACGCUGUCGAGAGCGUCGGCGAUAGACUGAAGCGCAAGCUCUGGAUCGGCACUCUUGGCCAGAACACCGACGGCUUCCGUGAGAGCUUACGGCGCAGCAUAGAAUGGCGCAUGCGAGAAGAGCGCAACAGCGUACCCGUCUGGAUCUCUGACUCCGACUUCGCUAGCUGCUACGACGAGUUCUGCCACCAAGUUCUUUGGCCGGCACUGCACUACGCGGUCCCGGACGCACCAAAAACCAAGUCGUUUUACGAGAGUGCAGCUUUCAAGCAGUACAUCGCCGUCAACCAGCGUUUCGCGGACACUAUCGUCGCCACGUACCAGGAGGGCGAUAUCAUCUGGGUCAACGACUAUCAUCUCAUGCUCUUGCCUCAGAUGCUCCGCGACCGUCUCCCUGGAGCUCCCAUUGGCUUCUUCCUCCACGUUGCUUUCCCCUCUUCGGAGAUCUUCCGCUGCCUGAGUGUUCGUGAGGAUCUUCUCAAGGGCUUGCUCGGGGCGGACCUCCUCGGUUUCCAGACGGCGAAUUUCGCUCGUCAUUUCCGACAGACAGUGAGCCGUAUUCUAUCUGCCGAAGCCUUGCCGAAGGGAAUCCAGCUGGAUGACCGAUUCGUUGACGUCGGCGUUUUCCCAAUGGGCAUCGACGUUGCCAGUAUUGCCAAGAAGAAACGCGAGGCUGAGGUGACGGAAUGGGUCAAGUCGCUCCGCCAGCGCUACGCGGGCAUGAAGCUUAUCGUCGGACGUGACAAGUUGGACGUCAUCCAGGGCGUACGACAGAAGAUCCUCGCCUUCGAGGCGUUCCUCGACAAGUACCCCGAAUACCAGGGCAAGGUCGUGCUUAUUCAGGUCGCGCUCCAGACGACAGAAGAGAACGAGGCACAAGGUGGCGUCGCGGACGUUGUAUCGCAUCUCAACUCCCGCUUCUCGACCCUCACAUACCAGCCGGUCGUGUUCCUUCACACGCAAGAUCUGACGUUCAGUCAGUACCUCGCCCUUCUCACUGUCGCGGACGCGUUCAUGGUGACCAGUGUGCGCGAGGGCAUGGCUCUGCGUGCGCACGAGUUCGUCGAGUGCCAGGAGAAGAGGCACCGUCCGCUCAUUCUGAGCGAGUUCACGGGCUCGUACAGCUUCAGCGGCUUCCGCUCCUGCAUCCCCAUCAACCCCUGGGACAAGCGCGGGACCGCGAAGGCGAUCCACCAGGCGCUCACGAUGACCGACGACGAGGCGACGUCGCGCUGGGAGGACCUCCACAAUCACGUCGUCACGCAGACCGCGCAGGCGUUUGUCACCUCCUUCCUCGUGCGCUGCCUGCGCUCGAACCUCGAGCACAUGCAGUCCGACUCCAUCUCUGUCGCUGCGCUUGACGUCUCUCGCGUGCUGCCGCGUUAUCGCCACUCACAGAAGCGGUUACUCCUCAUCGACUUCGAGGGCACACUCUGGGAGCGCGACAUGCGCACGAUCGCGCGCAACGCCGGAGUCCGGGAGAGCCCUUCGUUCGAGCCGCCAAAAGCCGCGAUCGACGUGCUCAACAAGCUGGCGGAGGAUCCGCGCAACGAGGUGUGGCUCCUGAGCGGGCUUCCCGUCAAGGGCUCGCUGGAGAUCGUGGCGGAGAAGGCACCCCAUGUCGGGAUUGUGGCUGAGAACGGCUGCUUCAUCAAGCCGCGUCCCGACCGCGACGGCAAAUCCAACUGGAUCAGCAUGGUCGCGAACUUCAACCUGACGUGGAAGGCGUCAUGCCUCGAGAUGCUGCAAUACUUCACUGAGCGCACACCCGGAUCAUUCAUCGAGGAGCGUGAGGCAUCCAUCGUCUGGCGCUUCUGGACGGAGAAGAACGUCGAAGACCACGCGUCGGACUGGCAGUGGGCACGCCGCCAGGCGGCCGAGGCACAAAACCACAUCUUCGACUCGCUCGGUGAGCGGUACGGCCUCCGCAUCAUUCCCGGCUCGACGUCCUUCCUUGUACUCCCCAACAACAUCUCGCGUUCGACGGCAGUCGGCGCGAUCCUGCACCCCGGUGGGCCCGCGCGCGCCGGAGCGGCCCAUGCCGCUCACGCUUGGCUCGCGCACGAGGUGACGGAGGACACCGACACCGAGUUCGACUUCGUGUUCGCGGUCGGCAAGGACGAGAAGCUGAUGCGCCGCCUCAACGAGCUCGACAACGCGGAGACGUGCUCGUCGGGCGGCGUGAAGGGCACGGACGCGAAAUGGAAGCUCGAGCUCGAGCAGGUUCUUCCUGCUCUCCAGCGCCUCGCGGAGACCAAGUGAGCUCGGGCGCAGGUGCGGGGGAUGGAUACACGAAACGUAAGAGAAAGAGAAGAAGAGCAGUAUAAUGUGAUGUACAUUGGAUAGAAACUGUAGACUACUGGUGCUGAAGCGCUGACUCCUGGACCGCUGCGAACCUGCUCUGUUGUAAUAGACGUGAACCUAUAGCGAUAUACACGUACGUUUGAGCUU